AUGGAGGUCUUUACUGCCAUUCAAUGGGCUGCAGCAGCAGCAGCAACUGUUGCUGCUGCAUCGAGGGUUUGGCGGUUGGCGGUGAUGCCCAGCACAGAACCCCCUCUGCCCCUUUGGAUGCAGGAGGACGAGAGUGAAGCAGGGGAGGACAGCGACGGAGAGGACAUAACGGGCAACGUGCGUGAGAUGCGUUGCUCUUUGCUGCUGCUUCUAGGCAGCAACAGUACAGGUAGCAGCAGCAGCAGCUGCUGCCGCUAUAGUGAGGGCGGGGGCCUCCGCUGUUGCUUACUUGGGGAAGAAGGGGGCCCCUUCUUCUGUACCAAGUUGGAGGCAUUUGAUGGUCAAACCCUCAUGCCCUGCAUAGACAGCCAAAAUGCAAAGAUGACCAUCCAACUAACCGUCGCUGCACCGCCAGGCCUCACGGUGGUCUCCAAUGAACCCCUUGCUGCGGUGUAUGCUGAUCUAACGGCAUACAGCGUGGAGGCGCAGCAGCCCUUUGGUUGUUGCGACUCCCUUCCUCCCUCUAUUCUUGAUGAGUUACCUCGUUGCUCGUCUCUCUUCGUUGCUGCUGGUCCUCUAAGGGCUGUGCGUGCUGAUUUGCCACAUCCACAUGAGCUGCAGACAACUGCUGCAGUUGCUACUAUGGUGGCCCCUGUGUCUAUACAUCUUACAACAACAGCACAAGCAGCAGCAGCAGCAGCAGCAGCAGCAGCAGCAGCAGGACAUGCAGCAUCGCAUCCCCCCACGGGACCCAAAGCAGCAGCAUCAGCACUUCUCGCCGCAGCAGCAGUUGCUGCUGCUUCAGCAGAAAGGUGCUCAUCACCACAUGACGCGCAGCAGAAACGGCAACAGCAGCAGCAGCAGCAGCAACUGCUGCAGCAUGAAUACAGCAGCAACAGCAGCAGCAGCAGCAGUAACAGCAGCAGCAGCAACGGGCGCAGUGCUUUCUUGCAGCAGCUGCUUCGGCUGCGUUGCAUGCGGAGGCUGCUGCCGCUGUAUAGUGUGGCACCUCUAAGCAGCAGCAGCAGCAGCAGCAAUAGCCGCAGCAGCAGUAGCAGCAGCAGCGCAGACGAGAGUAGUGAGAAUGAGCACGCCAGCCAGCCUUCACGUGCUGCUGAUGCUGUUGCUGCUGCAGCGGCUGCUUCUGCUGCUGCUGCCGGGGCUGUGAACUUAAUAGAGCAGCAGCAACAGCAGCAACAGCAGCACCAGCAGCAACAGCAGCAGAAAGAGCUGUGGAAACCGCAGCAGCAAUGCAGAUUCACUGAUGGAUUGGUGAGGGCUCCCCGGCAACAGCAGCAGCAGCAGCAGCAGCAGGAGCAGCAGCUGCAGCAGCAAGAGCAGCAAAGGUGUCAGCAGCAACUGCUUCUUGACGGUGAUUCUUGGCAGCCAGAAGAAGCUGAGCAAGCAGCAGCAGCAGCAGCAGCUGCUGCUGCUGCUUCUUCUGCACCCCGCCACUUUAGGUGGCAGCAGCGCAGCAGGAGAACAUUAAGGUCGAGCCCCCGUUUGCUGCUGUUGCUGCAGCAGGCAGCAGCAGAAGACUCCACGUGGUUGCAUGCGGAGCACGAACAGCAGCAGCAGCAGCAGAAGCAACAAAGGCAUCGGGAAACCGCCACAGGAAUCAGCAACAGCAACAGCAGCAGCAGGAGCAGCAGCAGCAACAACAACAACAACAACAACAACAACAACAACAACAACAACAACAACAACAACAACAACAACAACAACUGCGACGCCCUUAUUUGGCUGUGGUUUCAUAGUCAAAUAAAACAGUUUCAGCCCAUCCCGUAUGCAUUCAGCGCAGAAGCCAGGCAAGGACAAGGCAGCACCAGCAGCAGCAGCAACAGCAGCAGCGGCAGCUGCUGCAGCAUGGAUUGCUGUGGGGAAAGGCAGCAGCACUCCUUAGGCAGCACCGCCAUUCGCUUAUACGUCGGCCUCCGUCAUGCUGCAUCGCCGUGCGCUCGGGUCCUACUGGAGCACUGUCUUGCUGCUGUUGCUGCUGAGCAGCAGCAGCAGGAACAGCAACAGCAGCAACAGCAACAGCAUCAGCAGCAACAGCAGCAGAAGCAAAUGCAGCACCACAGAGGGGAAGCAACCUGGAGAAGCCUCAGGAGUUGGUGGGGUUCCAAGCAGCAGCAGCAGCAGCAGCAACAGCAAGGGUACCUGCAGCCGUACAUGGAGAGGGAUGGCCUCGUGUUCUUGCUGCUGCAGCAGCAGCAGCAGCAACUUCAAAGCCGCAUGCAGCGGUUGCUGCUGCAGGCUGCAGCAAUGAGGAAAGCAACGCAAGGACAAAUCGCCGUGGAGUCCAUUGUUGACCUCAUGAUGCAUGCACUCCAACAAGAAGACGAUCCGUGGGUGUUGUGGUUUGGCCUUCGAUCUAUUGCAAGACUCAUUUUCCAUCUUAUGCCCACUGCGGUAUUCCGCAAGGCGGCUGCAAAUGUUUUAGAGAUUGCUCUGGAGAAUUCUGCUGCUUCGCAACAGCAGCAGCAGCAGCGGGAGUCAGCACCGCAGCAGCAGCAGCAGCAGCAGCGACUGCAGCGUCGCCGAGCCCGCAGCAGCAGCAGCAACAACAACAACAGCAACAACAACAACAACAGGAGAGAAGAAGAGAGGGCGCCUCUGAGGGUUUCCUGGCUGCAUGCAGCAGUAACUCUUGCGGUGUCUGUAGACCAUAUUUUGCUGCUGCUGCAUCUGUUGCUGCUGCAGCCGCUGCUGCUGCAGCAGCUAGGCGGUCUUAACAAAGGGACGCCUGCUUCUCCGGAUGCUGCAGCAGCAUCAGCAGCCACCUGUAGCUGCAGCAGCAGCAGCAGAAGGGGUCGUUGGCCAUGUUUGCUGCAUCUGCAGCAACCAAAUCUGCCCUGCUGCACCGCAGCCGCAGCAGCUGCAGCAACAGCAACAGCAAAACCACACGCAGCAGCAGCACCAGCAACAGCAGCACCAGCAGCAGCAGCACCGCGCUUUUGCGGCCCAGCGCUUUGUCCUUACAUUGCCCAACUUCUCCGUUUUGCAUGCGAUAGGGGACGAGCUGCUCCACCUGUUGCUGCUGAUGCUGCUGCACCUCCUGCUGCUGCAGCACGUGGUGCUACUCCUGUAGCAGCAGCAGCUGCAGCAGCAUCACCAGCAUGCCUUUGGCGUGUAGGCCAGAAACUCCUGACAGCAGCAGCACACGCCCGAGUAACAGCAGCAGCAGCAGCAACAGCAGCAGCAGCAGCAGAAAGAACAGCAGCAGCAGCAACAGUUUCUCCAGGAGGAGAAGAGGCAGCACCAGCUGCGAUGCCAACAGAGGGAUCAGCACCAACAACAACAGCAGCUGCUGCAAAAGCAGCAGCAGCAGCAGCAGCACGACAGAGACUGUGGGGUCUAGCGAAGGCACAGCUUCUGGCAGCAGAAGCAGCAGCAGAUUGCAGCAGCAGCAGCAGCAGUAGCAGAGUUGCUGCAGGUCUGUGUCGCUGUCAUGCUGCUGCUCCUGUGCUGCAGUGUAAGGAAGAUAUAUGGGCAAGAUUGCUGGAUCCUCCUGCUGCUGCUGCUGCUGCUUCUGCUGCUGCUGCUGCUGCUGCUGCCUUCUAUCAACGCGUAGAAGGCCAUGAUGAGCAGCUGCUGCAGCAGCGCCUCGAGCACACGCAACAGCAGCAACAGCACCAUCAACUGCAGCGCCAGCAGCAGCAGCAGCGCAGCAGCAGCAACAGCAGCAGCCUCCCCCUCCCCUAUGAAGAAAGAUUCUUUAUGCAAAUAGCUGAGGUCGCAGCAGCAGCAAUCAUAGAAGAAACAACAAUAGCAGCAGCAGCAGCAAACAGGCAACAACAGCAGCAGAUAUUAAACUAA